UAAUCGCGACUUUUCAUUAUUUAUUUUCGCCUCCUAUGUAUAGUCUUGAACAUUUUCAAGAGGAAGCAAAAAUUUUUUUAUACCAACAUAUCAUAGAUCUAUUAAUUUUGAAGUUCUAAAGAGGUUUCCUUUUUCAAACACUCCUACGAAGGCACGUUCUUGACGCUCAAUUGAACAAACUCCUUUCCAAUAAUGCACCAUUGCGACAGAAAGUAUGCGAAUCGUCAGUUGGAACGUAAAUGGUAUACAAAAUCCAUUUAAUUACUAUCCAUGGAACAAUAAAAAGUCUUACAAAGAAGUUUUUGAAGAGCUAAAAGCAGAUAUCGUAUGCUUCCAAGAAUUGAAGAUGCAAAAGGAUAGCUUUCCCCAAGAAUUUGCUCUAAUCGAAGGAUAUGAAGGUUAUUUCACAUUCCCCACUACAAGAAAAGGUUACAGUGGAGUCGGUAUUUAUGUAAAAAAGAGUUUGUGCACACCCAUAAAAGCAGAAGAAGGGAUCACUGGGAUUUUACCAGUUCGCAAUCAACGAUACUCCUACAUUGAAGCUCCUCCGCAUGAACAGAUUGGAUACUAUCCCAAAGACAUAGAUAGGAAAGCUGCAAAAUGGGUUGAUGAUGAAGGAAGAUGUAUUCUACUUGACUUGGGUAUGUUCAUUCUAAUUGGUGUCUAUUGUCCCGUAAAUUCUGGGGACCAUAGGAUGGAUUAUCGAAGAGCAUUCUAUAAAUGCUUAAGGGAUAGAAUUUCUGCUUUUAUAAAAGAAGGAAAACGGAAGGUCGUCUUAGUUGGCGAUGUAAACAUCCUUUGUGACUCUAUCGACACUGCAGACCAAAAAGAUAUAAUAAAAGAGUCAUUGGUUCCAAGUGUAUUUGAAUCGAGAACAUGGCUUAGAGAGUUAUUAAAACCACACAGGUCUGGGCUUUUGCUCGAUAUUGGGCGGAUUCGGCAUCCUACUAGAAAGGGCAUGUUCACUUGCUGGAACACUAGACUUAACAUGAGACCUACAAAUUAUGGUACACGAAUUGACUAUACACUGGCAACUCCAGAUCUUUUACCGUGGGUUCAAGAUGCGGACAUCAUGGCACAAGUCAUGGGAUCUGAUCAUUGCCCUAUUUAUAUAGACUUUCGAGAUUCUCUCGACAAUGUGCCGUUGUAUGAAUUACUAAGUCAUGCAAAAGAUCCCCCUUCUCUAUCGGCAUGUCAUCAUUCAGCAUAUCGACCGUCAAAAAACAUACACUCCAUGUUUCAAAAAUUUGAAAAGCUAAAAAAAUCCAAAUCAGAAUCAGACAUUGAUUUGGAAGAUUCAUCUAAAACACCGUCUCACUCACCAUCUGCAAUCAGCGGUACGCCAUCGUCUGUACCUGAAAAUGGUCCGCCUGAGAAGCGUCGACGAACACAGCAGCCAAAGCUAUCAACUUUUUUCAUGAAAAAGCCUCAGUCGACGGAUAAAAAUGAGGGAGAGAAGGUUGCACCUCCAAUGAUCGAAGUUGAUGAUAUCGAGUCGAAAGUAACAGUAUCUAAUUCCUCUAAUGUGGAAAGUGUAACUGCAUGGAAAAGCAUGUUUCAGAAAAAAUUGCCUCCAUUAUGUGAUGGACAUAAAGAGCCCUGUAAAUUGCUGACUGUAAAAAAGCCAGGCAUAAAUUAUGGACGAAAAUUUUGGAUGUGUGCGCGACCGAUAGGAGAGGUCGUUGAAAAUUCCAAUGCGGUUUCUGAUGAUGAUAAACAGCCAUUUCAAUGUAGAUAUUUUCUUUGGGACUCUGACUGGAAAGGCUAAUAAUUGAUUUUACGAAGAAUAGACAUAACUAAUAAUAAUAAUAUUAUUG